AUGGCAGACACAUUGGAUAGCUGCAAUGGAGACGUUGUCGAUCUCAAAAACCGUGGGCUGCGCAUCGGCGCCAUCUUCAUCGUCAUGGCAGCCGCAACGUUUGGCGCAUUCGCACCAAUCCUCCUUGCGCGGCAGACAAAAAUGCACGUCCCCAAAUUCACAUUCUUCAUCUGCAAAUACGUCGGUACCGGCGUGAUUAUCGCAACCGCAUGGAUGCACCUGUUGGAUCCGGCAAUAGACAAUCUGUCAGAUCCCUGCCUUGCUCCUCGGUUAGGAGAUUACCCUUGGGCUCUGUGCAUCAGUUUGAUGACGGUCAUGGUGAUGUUCUUCGUUGAGCUCAUGGCUGCAAGAAUUGGAGGAGACGAAGAUGAACACAGCCACUCGAUUGGCUCCGACAGCGACUCCGGGCCGACUAUCAAAGCACUGGCUCACAAGAAAUCAACCGAAAAGGAAGCCAUCGCUGAAGCCUGCCCGCACGAUCUUGAGAGGGGUGUCCUGCGUGGACCGGAUUCAACGACGAUUCCCGGCCUUCCCGACGACGUGAGCUAUCCUCCUGGAGGAGAGGAUCAUCUCGCCCAUGGUCAUGAGCAUGAAGACGGCGACUCACAUGGCGGCCUGGCGGGUCAGCUCACAGCCAUCUUCAUUCUUGAAUUUGGUGUCGUUUUCCACAGCGUAUUCAUCGGACUCACGCUCGGUACUACAAACGAUCUCGUCGUUCUUCUUGUCGUACUAGUGUUCCAUCAGAUGUUCGAGGGCCUCGGUCUGGGAUCUCGACUGGCAACAGCUCCCUGGCCUAAAGACAAAUGGUGGCUGCCAUACGUGCUGGGCUUCGCAUUUGCCAUUGCAACCCCAAUUGGAACGGCGGCCGGAAUAGGCGCGAGACCCAACAACGCCAACACUCAGAAGCUUGUUAAUGGCAUCUUCGACUCCAUCAGCGCUGGCAUCCUCAUGUACACGGGCCUGGUUGAGCUCUUGGCGCACGAAUUCAUGUUCAACCCUCACAUGCGAAAGGCGCCCUUGAAGAUUCAGUUGUUUGCAUUUGGCUGCGUAGCAUUUGGAGUGGCCAUCAUGUCUCUAUUAGCGAAAUGGGCGUAG